UGGAAAGGAAAAGUCACAAUUUCACAACGGUCCCUUCCUCCGCGCCAGUUAGUUAUUGUUUGCCACCUUAUUAUAUGCCACCACUUUCUCCUCUACUCACUCCUUCAACCACACACACAUUAACCCUCUCUCUCUCACUCUCUUUCUUCUUCUUCUGUAUUCGUUUUUUUUUUGUGUGUGUUAAGUUUUUUGUUGUGUGUGUGGGAACAUUACAAUGACGGACAUCACUGACGACAUAGCGGAGGAAAUCUCCUUCCAGGGCUUCGAAGAUGACUGUAAAUUGCUAGGGAACCUUCUCAACGACAUUCUCCAGAGGGAGGCUGGCUCCACCUUCGUUGACAAGCUCGAAAAAAUUCGAGUCCUUUCACAGAGUGCUUGUAAUAUGAGACAAGCGGGAAUGGAGGACUUGGCUGAGAUGCUAGAGAAGCAAUUGGCUUCAGAGUUAUCCAAGAUGACGCUGGAAGAAGCUUUGCCCCUUGCUCGUGCCUUUAGCCAUCAUCUUACUUUGAUGGGUAUAGCUGAAACCCACCAUAGGGUUCGUAAAGGAGGAAAUAUGGUUCUUGCUGCAAAAUCUUGUGAUGAUAUCUUUAACAACCUGUUGCAAGAUGGGGUUUCUCCAGAUGAGCUUUAUAACACAGUGUUCAAGCAGGAGGUUGAAAUUGUUCUCACUGCUCAUCCCACUCAAAUUAACCGUCGUACCUUGCAAUACAAACACCUUAAAAUUGCUCAUCUUUUGGAUUAUAAUGAUCGACCUGAUCUUAGCCCUGAAGAUCGAGAUAUGUUGAUUGAAGAUCUGGUGAGAGAGAUAACUUCAAUAUGGCAGACAGAUGAACUUAGGCGUUCAAAACCCACACCAGUAGAUGAAGCUAGGGCGGGAUUGAAUAUUGUGGAGCAGUCACUCUGGAAAGCUGUUCCUCAUUAUUUACGUCGAGUUAGCAGCGCUUUAAAGAAGCACACAGGAAAACCACUUCCAUUGACUUGCACUCCAAUAAAAUUUGGAUCUUGGAUGGGAGGUGAUAGAGAUGGAAACCCAAAUGUGACAGCAAAGGUCACAAAAGAUGUUUCACUUCUGUCAAGAUGGAUGGCGAUUGACCUCUACAUUCGGGAAGUGGAUGGCCUAAGAUUUGAGCUAUCCAUGAACCAGUGCAGUGAUAAGUUGUCAGAACUGGCACAUGAAAUUCUAAAAGAAGGUAAUGAUGAGGAGGAUCACCAUGAGCACUGGAAUGGAUCUAUGAGUAGAAGUCAAUCAAAACAUCCUAAUCAACAAGCUUCACCACUUCCAACUAAACUUCCAGCUGGAGCUCAUUUACCCUCUUGUGCUCGGCCUGAAGAGGGUGGAUCUGAGUAUCCCAGACACGUGCCAGGAGCUGAUCACAAGCAACCCAAUCACAAGGGUGGUGAGACUUCAAGUUCAACUGAGAGCAAUGGUGGCAGUCAAAAUGUCCGUUCGUCAAUACCAAUUUCACCAAAUUCCAGUUCUUCAUUAGUUUCAAUGACACGCUCGCCUUCCUUCAACUCUAGUCAACUUGUUGCUCAGAGGAAACUGUUUGCAGAAUCCCAAAUAGGAAGGACCAGUUUUAAGAGGCUUUUGGAGCCAAAGGUCCCUCAGGUUCCUGGAAUUGCUCCUUAUAGAGUUGUCCUUGGAUAUAUAAAAGAUAAGCUUCAGAGAACUCGUAGACGGUUGGAGCUUCUUAUCGAGGAUGGUCCAUCUGAACAUGAUCCUAUGGAUUAUUAUGAAACAACAGAUCAGCUUUUAGAACCUCUUCUCCUUUGUUAUGAAUCUUUGCAAUUAUGUGGAUCUGGGGUGCUAGCUGAUGGUCGACUAGCUGAUCUGAUUCGAAGAGUUGCUACUUUUGGCAUGGUGUUAAUGAAGCUUGACUUGCGUCAGGAAUCCGGCAGACAUGCUGAAACAAUUGAUGCAAUUACGAGGUAUUUGGAUAUGGGUACGUACAGUGAAUGGGAUGAAGAAAAGAAACUGGACUUCUUAACUAGAGAGUUGAAAGGGAAGAGACCACUGGUUCCUCCCAGUAUAGAGGUUGCUCCAGAUGUUAGAGAAGUCUUGGAUACGUUCCGAACUGCUGCUGAGCUAGGGAGUGAUUCAUUUGGUGCCUAUGUGAUCUCUAUGGCCUCAAAUGCUAGUGAUGUCCUUGCAGUAGAGCUUUUGCAGAAGGAUGCGCGACUUGCUGUUAGCGGGGAGUUAGGAAGAGCAUGUCCUGGUGGAACGCUGCGGGUGGUUCCUCUAUUUGAAACUGUGAAGGACCUGAGAGGAGCUGGUUCAGUUAUCAGAAAGCUUUUGUCAAUAGAUUGGUACCGCCAACACAUCAUUAAAAACCAUAAUGGGCAUCAAGAGGUUAUGGUUGGAUAUUCUGAUUCUGGUAAAGAUGCCGGGCGCUUCACUGCUGCUUGGGAACUUUACAAAGCUCAGGAGGAUGUUGUGGCUGCAUGCAAUGAGUAUGAUAUUAAGGUUACUCUCUUCCAUGGCCGUGGAGGUAGUAUUGGCCGCGGUGGUGGCCCAACAUAUAUGGCUAUUCAGUCUCAACCACCCGGCUCUGUCAUGGGAACCCUUCGUUCAACUGAGCAAGGAGAGAUGGUGCAGGCCAAGUUUGGCUUGCCACAGACAGCUGUCAGACAGCUAGAGAUAUACACAACAGCUGUGCUACUUGCUACCCUUCGUCCACCUCAACCGCCACGUGAAGAAAAAUGGCGCAAUCUUAUGGAAGACAUUUCAAAGAUCAGCUGCCAAUGUUACCGCAAUGUAGUGUAUGAAAAUCCAGAGUUCCUGUCAUACUUCCAGGAAGCCACACCUCAAUCAGAGCUUGGUUUUCUCAACAUCGGCAGCCGCCCCACAAGGCGAAAGAGCUCAACAGGAAUUGGACACCUCCGUGCCAUUCCUUGGGUGUUUGCAUGGACUCAAACCAGGUUUGUUCUUCCAGCCUGGCUUGGAGUUGGAGCAGGCUUGAAAGAUGCUUGUGAGAAAGGACAAACUGAAGAGCUAAAGGCCAUGUACAGAGAGUGGCCUUUCUUUCAAAGCACAAUAGACUUGAUUGAGAUGGUUUUGGGAAAAGCAGAUAUUCCUAUUGCUAAGCACUAUGAUGAAGUUCUUGUCUCACAAAAGAGACAAGAACUUGGAAAGCAACUGAGGAAUGAACUCAUCUCAACUGGCAAGUUUGUUCUAGCGGUUAGUGGGCAGGAGAAACCUCAACAGAAUAAUAGAAGCUUAAGGAAGCUGAUUGAGAGUAGACUUCCCUUUCUGAACCCCAUGAAUAUGUUGCAAGUAGAGAUACUCAAGAGGCUAAGAUGUGAUGAUGACAAUCUUAAAGCCAGAGAUGCCUUGCUUAUCACCAUAAAUGGUAUUGCUGCUGGGAUGAGGAACACUGGUUAAGUUCUCAACAACUACAUACAAUUUUCACUUAUUUAUGUUAACAUGUUUCCCUUCCACUUUCCCAUGUUAUUUUCUGACCGUUUCUAGGAUUUAGGUAUAUUCUAAUGAAAGAUAAAUGUAGCCAAAAGUCUUAGUCAAAUGUUUUGUUUUAUACAUAGACAAGAUGAAUAUAGUUUCAAAACAUGAUGAAUAUAGUCUGACUAAAUGACUAUUGACUAACUAUUCUUAUUUUCUUAUUUUUUAAAUUUGAGUCGAUAAAUGUGAAUUUGUGUGGACAAUCACAUAAUGUAAAUGUAAAUUGCUCCAAGGCCAUUUAUUAAUUAAGAGUUAAGAAAGC